GAACUUCCAGUAGAGGAAUUCAAGCAGCCGCUGUCCGUUGUAGGUUACGAUAUGGUGGAUGGUUCUAGGUGAAGUAACGCUUUUUUUCACGGUUCUACUGGCUUUUACGGGAAGAAAACAACAUUCGAAGACAUUUCAACAGGCGACCAGAACCGAUGGGGACGUUAUGUCGUUGGAGUUACGCGGGUGGACUUGGUUGUUUUAGUUGAGAAGAAGGAAAGUGUUGCGCUCGGAGCAACAGCGGUGGGAUUAAACAUGCUGACACCGAUUUUAGCAUACUUGUUAUCGGUUCUCCUGCUGUGUCGGAUAGCGUUCUCUCAAUACUCCAGCGAUCAGUGUAGUUGGAAGGGCAGUGGUCUAACCCAUGAGGGCCACACUCGUGAUGUGGAGCAGGUCUACCUACGUUGUUCCCAGGGUUCCCUCGACUGGCUCUACCCUACAGGGGCCGUUAUCGUCAACCUGCGGCCCAACACCCUGUCCCCAGCAGCCGCCCGUCUCUCCGUCUGCAUCAAGCCCUCUAGGGACUCCCACGGGGCUAACAUCUACCUGGACCGGGCCGGGAAGCUGCGCCUGCUGCUCAGGGAGCAGGACCAGGCCCAGGGUAAGGUGACCUGCUUCAGCAUCCAGGAGGGGUCUCUGUUCAUAGAGGCCAUACCUCACAGAGACAUCAGUAAGAGGAUCACCUCGUUCCAGUAUGAGCUGGUUACAGAGAGGACCGGGGCUGGAGCUGGAGCCUUGACUGGGGUGGAGCCACAAGCACUGUCUGGUAAGAUACAAUCCUAUUGUUGUGGCUUUGGUCAUUAAAGGGGAAGUUCAGUAUGGCUAAAGCACUGUCUGGUAAGAUACAAUCCGAUUGUUGUGGCUUUGGUCAUUAAAGGGGAAGUUCAGUAUGGCUAAAGCACUGUCUGGUAAGAUACAAUCCUAUUGUUGUUGUUGCUUUGGUCAUUAAAGGGGAAGUUCAGUAUGGCUAAAGCACUGUCUGGUAAGAUACAAUCCUAUUGUUGUGGCUUUGGUCAUUAAAGGGGAAGUUCAGUAUGGCUAAAGCACUGUCUGGUAAGAUACAAUCCUAUUGUUGUUGCUUUGGUCAUUAAAGGGGAAGUUCAGUAUGGCUAAAGCACUGUCUGGUAAGAUACAAUCCUAUUGUUGUUGCUUUGGUCAUUAAAGGGGAAGUUCAGUAUGGCUAAAGCAAAGACGGUACAUUAUUAAGAUGAAACUGCUUCUCCAGUACAAAUUCCCGUUCACAAUGUCAUGGCAACGUUGGCUAUCGAAGGUCAUGCGUAGAAACACAUCAUCGGGGUCUAACGGUCAUCUCCCACCGAACUGGGCCUGUGCAGGCCGUCAAAUUCCUGGUAUUUUUGUUGUUGUAUUUUAUUAGGAUCCCCAUU